AACGAAAUUCUCAACACACCCACAGGUCGGCCGUCUUCUGUUGUCCCAGUUCUACCAGUGGUGCCGUUGUCCCUCAACCUGGCCACCAUUCUGUCUGGAUCUUCUCUCUUUUUCUUUCCUCUCCAAGACUUCAGUAGCUAAUCGCUCUCACCAUAUACUUCGGCCAUCAGCAUAUUCCAUUUGCUUGUGGUAAUGUCAUUUGUAGCCUACAAUCAACUGGUUUUCAGUCAGAGCUCUGCUUCCCCUCGUUUUUGUUCGUUAAGCCAAUCGAUUGGCCCCUUCAGAGCUGUAUCAUCCAGGCAACUAUUAUUUAACGGUCACAGAGGUUUUUUACCAGUAACACUUUCUAACACUGUUAGAUGCGCGAUGAAAUCGUAUAAGCUAUCUGACCUUACACGGACUGAGGUUGACAAUCUCAAGGCUCGACCCCGAAUAAAUUUCUCUUCCAUUUUCAGUACGGUCCAGCCCAUUGUUGAUGAUGUUCGCAGCAGAGGCGAUGCUGCUGUUAAAGAUUAUACUUUACGCUUCGACAAAGUUGAACUAGAAAAGAUUAUUGAAAAUGUCAAUGAACUUCCAGAUCCAGAGCUUGAUGAUGCUGUUCGUGAAUCGUUUGAUGUGGCAUACAGCAACAUCUAUGCAUUUCAUGCUGCACAAAAACCAGUUGAGAAAGUUGUUGAGAAUAUGAAAGGUGUGAGAUGCAAACGAGUGGCAAGGAGCAUUUCUUCAGUUGGUCUCUAUGUUCCAGGAGGCACUGCGGUUUUACCUUCAACAGCUCUCAUGCUUUCAAUUCCAGCACAGAUUGCUGGGUGUAAAACUAUAGUGCUUGCAACUCCUCCUUCUAGCGAUGGCAGCAUCUGCAAGGAGGUACUAUAUUGCGCAAAGAAGGCUGGUGUGACCCACAUACUUAAAGCUGGAGGAGCUCAGGCCAUUUCUGCCAUGGCCUGGGGAACAGCAUCAUGUCCUAAGGUUGAGAAGAUAUACGGUCCUGGAAAUCAGUAUGUGACAGCUGCAAAGAUGAUUCUCCAAAAUAGUGAGGCUAUGGUUUCUAUUGACAUGCCUGCAGGACCAUCAGAAGUGCUUGUCAUUGCUGACAAAUAUGCUAAUCCGGUUCACAUAGCUGCAGACCUGCUUUCUCAGGCGGAGCAUGGGCCAGAUAGCCAAGUGGUUCUGGUAAUUGCAGGUGAUGGUGUAAACAUAAAAGCCAUUGAUGAAGAAAUCACCAAGCAAUGCAACAGUCUCCCAAGAGGAGAGUUUGCUUUAAAAGCUCUUAGCCACAGCUUCACUGUGUUUGCUCGUGAUAUGGUAGAGGCAAUUACUUUUUCCAACUUGUAUGCACCCGAACAUCUGAUCAUUAAUGUUCAAGAUGCGGAGAAGUGGGAAAGCUUUAUCGAAAAUGCAGGGUCUGUAUUUUUAGGACAGUGGACUCCAGAAAGUGUGGGAGACUAUGCUAGUGGGACGAACCAUGUCCUACCUACAUAUGGGUAUGCUCGGAUGUACAGCGGGGUGUCUCUUGACUCUUUCCUCAAGUAUAUAACCAUCCAGUCUUUGACAGAGGAAGGGCUCGCAAAGCUUGGUCCUCAUGUGGCAACCAUGGCUGAGGUCGAAGGGUUGGAUGCUCACAAGAGAGCUGUAACCCUCCGACUUCAAGACAUUAAAGCCAGACAGGCUGUAUGAGUUUCUCUCUUUGCGCCAAAUUGGGUGUCAGACGGUUCGUUUGAUGUCAUUUCAUGUUUGUAAAACCAGUAAAUUAGGUUUGGGUUGUUUGUUUCUGUUUUGAAGAAUGUUCGUACACGAAUACAAAAAAAGUGGGAUAGGUCAAAACAGCCCUGCCAGUGUUUUGGUUAGGACUGGCUGUCCAGAGCUGGAUUUCAAACGUUUGAAAGCAGGUGGAAAUAAAAUUUAUACUUUUAGAGGUUAA